AUGAUAAAGCUUAUUCAUGGUGAUGGUGAUCAUUACUCAAAGAUUCACAAAAGGACAAGAAAAGCAGCAAUAAAGCAGCUUUUCAAGAUCAAAUCUGAUCUUAAAAGAUAUAAAUCAAAAAUUAUUCAAGAAGAUCUAUCCUUAAUUAAGCAGAUCCAAAGCACAGCUCAAGAAACACUUAAAUUACUACAUUUUCAAGACAGAGAGCUAAGUGAUAUUAUUUUAAAAGUUCAAAAUUUAAAAAGAAUCGACAACUCUAAGGAAGCCACCUUUAUAGAAUCAAUGCUUAAGCUGUCUCCAGUAGAUCUGUCAAAAAUUCAAUCAAUCAAAUCUCCAGAAUUACAUAUAAGACAUAUUGAUUCUAAGUAUAUUCAACAACUAUUCGAACUAGAUGAACUUUCUGAGGAAAAUAUUUUAAUCGAUAUGAAUUAUCAAAAUGAAAGCCACAUAAUCAAAUUUAUCCAAACCAUCAGCAACUCGAUAGUCAUUUUUGACGCUGAAGCUUUAACUUAUGAUAAGUUAAAAUUGCCAGGAGAACUAUGCUUUGACCAGUAUGGAGCAACUUGCUUGCUACCUGAUGGAAAAUUCUUUUAUAGUAAUCUUACUUCAACAGUUUUAAUAGAUGCAGAUGAUUCUGUAAAACAUUUACCAGAUUGCUUAACAAGGAAUUUAAAUGCCAGCGCAAUUUACAAGGAUGGUUAUAUAUAUGUAUUUGGUGGGUCUUACAACACUUCUGCUAAAUAUAGUAUUGCUAAAAAUAUAUGGACUCCACUGUCGAAAUUACCAAGAAGUAUUGGACAACAUGCUUCAUGUUUCAUUUUCAAGAAUUAUAUUUUGAUAGGAUCGACAAAAACAAGCCAAAUAUUUUAUUAUGAUAUCAUCAUAGAUAGUUUUAAUGAAAUUUCAUUCUCAAAUAUUUCAUCAUGAAUCCCUAAAAUCUUCUUUGUUGUCAAUGAGACCUUAUAUUUUGCUGAUUUUUCAAAUAAGCAGUAUAAAAUAUCUGAUAAUUUGGUGACUUGGAAAGAGAUAGAAGAUAACUCAUUUACGCUAAAUAGCACUACGCCUAUUAUCUCUACUCCAAUUAUUUAUAACCAAAAAUAUUAUUAUACAAAUUAUCGCAUUAUUUUAACAUUUGAUUUAAAGAAAAAGAGAAUAGAGGAAUUAAAGAAUAUAUCUAUUUAGUUAAAUAGCGUAACAAAAAUAUUAGAGUCCCUUUGUGAGUGAGCGAAUCAUUUGAAAAGCCUAGCUUAUUUGAGCAAAAACCCACUCUUUGUGAAAAAAAUUAUAUAUAAAAGAUAGUUAUCAUAUUUUAGGAUUUUUUUAAUAUUUCAAAAAAAUUAAUCCCCCUUCUAUAGCGAGCAAGAAAACUUUACUGCCUACAAAAAAUAAGUAAUCAAAAUUAUGAGGCUAUAGCUAGAAAUAAUUUCUUCCUUUUAAACCUUAAAAGUAGUCAUUAGGUAUAUAUUUUAA